GAUUACUUUAUAACCCGGAUUGAGGGAGAGGAGAGAGAUUUCUCUGGCAGUAUUCAGAGGUGGAAGACAGUUACCCGUAAAACGCAACAAUGCCGGGGGUGAUAAAUAUGGACGAGUUGACAGACGUGGAUAAGGCUAAAAUGGAAAGAGACCAAAAGAAGAUUGAAGUCAAGCUUGAGAGAUGGAUGACGUCUAAGUGCUGUACUGAGUUUAUGGAGGCAGUUCAGGCCGGUGUAGAAGAGGACACUCUGGUCAAAGGCAUCGCAGAAGACAAGAACCCAUUCAAGGAGUUGAAAGGUGGAUGUGUCGUCUGCUGAAGAGGACAGGAGUCAGAACAGACAGUGGAGAUUUUCUUUCACUGAUUAGACCCUCUCUAGUGCCCAAGGACAUGCCCCCUCCUAGGAAACAUAGCUGGAUCACCAAUAGCUAACCGAGAGGAGAUGGUAAAAAAACAAACAGAUGUAAAUAAAUCUAAAUCUCAUGAAACCAUGUAAA